AUGGAAGGAGAAGCUGCUGCCGCCGUUCUUCAAGUUCUAGUUCAAAACCUCGUCGACCUUUGCAAGAAAGAGAUCUCUCAGAUCCGAGGUGUCCGCAAAGAUGCAGAAAAGCUAGCUGGGAGUCUCGACAUGAUCAAAAAAUUCUUGAACGAUGCCGAGAAGCGUGACAUCACCGGCGAAGCUGUCAAGGGUUGGCUGGAGAAGCUUGAAGACGUAGCUUUUGAUGCUGACAAUGUUUUGGAUGAAAUCAACUAUCAUAAUCUCUCCAAACAGAUCAAGCCCGCCGAGCCCGAGGAGGAAAAGGUACCAUCAUGCUUCUCAUGCUUCAAGCAUAUCUCACGUUCUCGAAAUAUGGCUCUUAAAAUCAAAGAAAUCAAUGAGAAGUUGGAGUCCAUUAACGAAGAGGCGGUCAAGUUUGGCCUCGUAGAGAAGUUUGCCAAUGAGCCCACUUUGGUUAUUGCUUCUUCGGAAACUGAUUCAUCUUAUCAUGAUCCAAUUUUUAUUGGAAGAGAUAAUGUUGCAUCGGAAAUAGUUGAGAAGCUUACCAAUAGCAUCACAACUGAUGAAAGCAGAGAUGAGACUCGGUUUGGAUCACAUAUUUGGGUGCAUGUUUCCCCAAAUUUUGAUGCAAUAACUCUUUUCAAGAAAAUUCUCAAUAACUUGACUUCUUGUCAAGUUGAAAAUGCGAGCAGGGAAGAUAUUCUUGCAAAGCUUAAAGAAGCUUUGAAAGAUAAAACUUAUCUUCUUGUACUUGAUGAUGUAUGGAAUGAAGAUCUUUCCAAAUGGCAAGAUUUUUACAAUUCCUUGUUUGGAGUUAGUUGUGUCAAGGGAAAUGCCAUUGUUGUUACAACCAGAAGUAUAAAGGUUGCUUCAAUUGUGAAUCCACUUCAUACACGUGAGUUGGAAGGUUUAUCAGAGGAGGAUUGUUGGUCGAUAAUCAAAGUUAAAACCUUUGGAGAAGAAAAUGCUUCAUCGGAAUUUGAGGCCAUUGGGAGAAAGAUAGCAAGAAGGUGUCAAGGUUUGCCAUUGGCUGCCAAUGUAGUUGGGGGAAUACUGAGCAAUCAAUCCGAGGAAGAAUGGCGUUCAAUCGAGGAGAAAUGGCUUUCAGCCGAUGAAGGAGGAGAUAAUAUCUCAAAAAUAUUGAGAUUGAGCUUUGAUAAUUUGUCUUUGCCAUCACUUAAGAAGUGCUUUGCGUACUGUGCGAUGUUUCCUAAAGGCUCCGAAAUCAUCAAACAGGAACUGAUUGAGAUGUGGAUGGCAGAAGGUUUUCUUCAAGCUGAUGGAAGGGAUGACAUGGAGUCCGUGGGCGAAAAAUUUAUCAACGUUCUUCUUCACAACUCUUUACUGCAAGUUUUAUGGAGAGAUGAUGACGGAAAUGUCAAAAGUUGUGGCAUGCACGAUCUUGUGCACGAGCUCGCUUGUUCUGUUUCAACAACUGUGGAGAGGAAUCAAGUCGUAUCCCAAAAGAAAUGGCAAAAUCUUUGCGUACAUUACUAA